CUGGACCAGCACUCCCAGGAGAACUCACCAGAGCAAGGGCUCUGGAAAGUGUGUUCUGAAGGACAGUACUGCAGUGACCAUAAAAGCCUAACCAGUUAAACCACCAAAGAAACCUGAGCGAGUGAAAUUAGGAGUUUGACGACUGAAGCACUCCUUCAGUGAGAGAGAAAAGGAAUCAGCUCUGUGGCCUAGUGCUAUGCCUAGAGGUCAAGACACACUAAUUUUUUCAGCGCCCUGAACACUGAGGGUGAUGUCCAAGAACUCUCUCCAACCCCGUUAAAAGUUCUUCUGAGUCUGCAGUGUGUGGUUUCCAAAAGUUGCCUGUGCUUCUGCAGCCUGCUGGAGAAAAAAAGUUAGUGACCUUUGAGAGGAAUUCUUUCUGCACAUUUCAGCUGCUGCCAUCAUUCAGGCGGGUUACUCAAACGCCCAAGCUGAGCUUUCCAGGCUUGGAUAAGAAAUGGAUAAGGAUGAGAUUGACCUGCAGAGAAUACCCCCAGAGGCACCUUGGGGGCCACGCACUGACAGUGCAUUUCAUGGGGUGGAAUUUCUGCCAGAAGAUCUUGGUGAGGCUCUGAAUAAAACUGCAAUGAGAGUGAAUGAGAAAUAUUCCUCUCUACCUGCUGAGGAGAAAGGGAUUCACAUUAUCAACAUCCGAGCUAUUGAAGACAUCGGAUACAUCCAGCGUGAAAGUACAUUAUUAAAUUCGCUGUGUCAGGAUCCAGAUGCCAACUGCAAACAUGGACUCUAUUUUAGAGAUGGCAAGAGGAAAGUGGACUACAUCUUGGUUUACCAUUACAAGAAAUCCUCAGUCAGUAAGACGCUCACUAGACGAAUUCAUCACAAUGACUCAAGUGCCCGAAGCAUCAAACAGGAUCAUCAGCUUCCUGGGAAGGGCGGGCACCUUGACGUGGGAGAAAGUGAGACUCACAUGGACUAUCAUGAAGAUGAUAAGAGAUUCCGCAGAGAAGAGUAUGAAGGCAACCUCAUGGAGGCUGGUCUGGAAUUGGAAAGAGAUGAAGAUACUAAAAUACAUGGGGUUGGAUUUGUAAAAAUACAUGCACCUUGGAAUGUUUUGUGCCGGGAGGCAGAAUUUCUGAAACUCAAGAUGCCCACAAAAAAGGUGUAUCAGAUAAAUCAAACCCAUGGCCUUUUGAAAAAAAUUAAUUCUGUAAUUCAAAAAAUAACAGAACCUAUCCAGCCAAAAGUAGCAGAAAACAAACCAGAGACAGUGAAACGCCUCUCUUACCCCUUCUCCCGGGAGAAACAACACUUAUUUGAUUUGUCUGACAAAGAGUCCUUUUUUGACAGCAAAACUAGAAGCACGAUAGUUUAUGAAAUACUGAAAAGAACAACAUGUACCAAAGCCAAGUAUAGCAUGGGGACAGGAGAGGGAAGAAAGACGGAAACUACCCUUUUAAAUAAAAGAUGGAAAUGUGGUAAAUAUGGAAUCACCAGUCUGCUUGCCAAUGGAGUUUACAGUGCUGCAUAUCCUUUGCAUGAUGGUGACUACGAAGGUGAAAAUGUUGAGCUCAAUGACAGAAAACUCCUGUGUGAGGAAUGGGCAAGCUAUGGAGUCUUUUAUAAAUACCAGCCAAUUGACCUGGUGAGAAAAUACUUUGGAGAGAAGAUUGGACUGUAUUUUGCCUGGCUGGGAGUUUAUACUCAAAUGCUCAUUCCUGCUUCCAUUGUAGGGGUUAUUGUGUUUCUGUAUGGCUGUGCAACCGUGGAUGAGAAUAUACCAAGUAUGGAGAUGUGUGACGAGAGAAACAAUAUCACCAUGUGUCCUCUUUGUGACAAUACAUGCAGUUACUGGAAAAUGAGCUCUUCCUGUGCCACUGCUCGAGCGAGUCACCUGUUUGACAACCCAGCAACUGUCUUCUUCUCUGUCUUUAUGGCUCUGUGGGCUGCCACUUUUAUGGAACACUGGAAGAGAAAACAGAUGCGUCUCAACUAUAGAUGGGAUUUGACUGGGUUUGAAGAAGAGGAGGAGGCAGUCAAGGCUCAUCCCAGAGCAGAAUAUGAAGCUAAAGUAUUAGAAAAAUCACUGAGAAAAGAAUACAUACAUAAAAAGACUGAUAAAGAGAAACUGACAUGGAAAGAUCGUUUUCCAGCAUAUUUUACCAAUUUUGUUGGCAUUAUCUUCAUGAUUGGACUGACAUUUGCUAUCGUGUUUGGAGUCAUUAUAUACAGAAUCUCCACUGCAGCAGCCUUAGCCCUCAGCUCAACUCCCUCUGGCCGGUCUAGUGUUAGAGUAACAGUCACUGCAACUGCAGUUAUUAUUAAUCUGGUGGUGAUCAUCAUUCUAGAUGAAGUAUAUGGCUGCAUAGCCAGGUGGCUAACUCAGAUUGAGGUCCCAAAAACAGACAAGAGUUUUGAAGAGCGGCUGAUCUUCAAGGCCUUCCUUCUGAAAUUUGUCAAUGCCUACACUCCCAUUUUCUAUGUUGCUUUCUUCAAAGGCCGAUUUGUUGGACGUCCUGGAGACUAUGUCUACAUUUUUCAUUCUUUCCGAAUGGAAGAGUGUGCCCCUGGUGGUUGCUUAAUGGAAUUGUGUAUCCAGCUUAGUAUUAUCAUGUUGGGCAAACAGCUGAUUCAGAAUAAUCUCUUUGAGAUUGGUAUCCCAAAAAUGAAGAAAUUAAUAAGAUACAUCAAAUUAAAGCGACAACGCUCUUUAGAUCAUGAGGAGCAUAUGAAAAAAAAACAACGCUAUGAAGUGGACUAUAACUUGGAGCCUUUUGCUGGGCUUACUCCAGAAUACAUGGAAAUGAUUAUCCAGUUUGGAUUUGUAACUUUGUUUGUUGCAUCCUUCCCGCUGGCUCCUUUGUUUGCGUUGUUGAACAACAUCAUUGAAAUACGUCUAGAUGCAAAGAAAUUUGUCACUGAGCUUAGAAGACCAGUUGCAGUCAGAGCAAAAGAUAUAGGAAUUUGGUAUAAUAUCCUCAGAGGUGUAGGAAAACUUGCUGUAAUAAUAAAUGCAUUUGUGAUCUCAUUCACAUCUGACUUCAUUCCACGCCUCGUGUACCUGUAUAUGUACAGUGAGAAUGGCACCAUGCAUGGCUUCGUGAACCAUACACUAUCCUCUUUUAAUGUCAGCGAUUUUCAAGGAGGAACAGCUCCAAAUGAACCAAUGGAACUUGGCUACGAGGUUCGGAUAUGCAGAUACAAAGAUUACCGAGAACCCCCAUGGUCUGAAAACAAAUAUGAAAUUUCAAAGGACUUCUGGGCUGUCCUAGCAGCAAGAUUAGCAUUUGUGAUAGUUUUUCAGAACUUGGUCAUGUUUAUGAGUGACUUUGUGGACUGGAUUAUCCCAGACAUUCCCAAGGAUAUUAGUCAGCAGAUUCAUAAAGAGAAAGUUCUCAUGGUGGAGGUGUUCAUGAAAGAAGAACAGGGAAAGCUGCAAAUGCUAGAAACCUGGAAAGACAAAGACAUGAAAAAAGGUGAAAACUGUAACCACCACAGCCCCAAGCUCUCAAGGAGCCAAAGCGGGAGCAUGUCCUCCUGCCAUUCAUAUCACAUUGAUGUAUAGAAGAGGAGGGUAGUUUUGUUUUGUUGAGGCAUUCCAUUGAUAAACAAGCCAUCACUUAAAGGGCAAAACUUGAUUUAUGGACACCCAGGUGAAUGUUUAAGUAUGUGCAACCAUUUUGCUCCCAUCUUUGUGAGAAGUGCACUUCUUACAAAUAUGGAAGGCCACAUUCUAUUUUGGAUAGGAUUUUUUUUUUUAAGUAACGCAGGGAAUUUUUAUAUUUCAUAGUUAGAUAACACUGUGGAUGUUAGUGUGUGUUAACAAAAUGCUGGUACUUAAAAAUGUUCUCUGAGAAUCUGACUUUAGCUUAUUAAUUAAGAAAUAACCAAAGUAAAUUUCAAAUAAUAAUUUUAAAUCUUUUUGGCAGUCCAUUCCUGAAAGGCUUCGAGCAGAUUUCCAAAAUAUAUGCAAAGUCAAUUUUACAAUGUGCUCUAGCAUUUCAUUUAACGGGAGAAAGGAAACAAUAUAAACCUUAUAUGGCAUCUUCAAUUUCAAAAGAUGCAGCUCAGCUCCCCUGGCAGACAUAAUCUGGAUUUGAACCUUCAGAUCCUAGGCAAACAAAACUCCCAUUGCAGUCACUAGGCUAUAUACACUGAAGCUGAUGCAGGGUAAAUUACCCAUUGGGAGAUUCACCCCAUCAACAGGGAAGCGGGGAGGAGAGAAUAGCUUUUAUUUUACUUUUUAUUUUUAAAGCUGGGACUCCAUAGGGACCCUGCUAGCAGUCUGCUGUGCACUAGAGUCUUCCAUUUGGGCACUUCCCCACUCAGAAAAAUGAGAAGAGGAAGUCAGCACAGACCAUGUAAUCUUAAUCCCAACUCUGCGCACCACUGACAGCUCUUCACUGACCCGAAAAGCUCAUCAGGUGAAUGAUUCAUGUUGAUGCAGGUGCUCCGGUGCCCUAGACAGUAUUGUGGUUUUGUUAUAGUCUACUAAGGGUUCUGGAGCAGUAGCAGCACAGCAGCAGCACAAUUUCAUAGGAUUUCCCAGCAGCCAGAGCACUGUGGAGCAUUUUCAAAAGUGUCCUGAAUUAAUGAGCACAUGUAUAGCUACAGUAAUUUACACUGCCCUGCCUAAUAUCUAGGCACCAUCGUUGCUGAAAGGAUACACCGAAUCCACCUUUCCCCACCAGCUCCUUCUCUACAGCUCACUCUCCUUUGCAAUGAAGAGGAGGUCACACCAUCACAGCCACUUUGCUUGGCUACAGUCUCCCCAACAUGGCAGACUUUCUGAUCCUAAUAACAUCUACCACAGACUAUGCCAGGAAGAGUAAGGGUAGAUUCUGUGUGAAUAUGAUCUUAUUGUCUUUAAUGGAAGUUUUGCCUAUUCUGGAACUACAGGACCAGAACUUCAAUUACAGGACUUUUAUUUUGUCUUAAAAUAUGUUAUUUUAUAUAUAAUAUAUAUGUCAUUUCCUUAAAAUAAAUCUAAAAUCCUUAUCUGGAAUGCAUAUCCAGACCCCAUCAGUGCAACUCUUUUCAUGUAUAGUACAUUUUUAGUUUAAGGUUUGUCUAGUGAUAAACUACACUUCCUAAUAAUAUUGGUGCAAUUAACCUUAUUCCCUUUAACACCUUCUCUUGUCCAUGGCACUUACACUGAAAACAGGAAGCUAAACAAUAAACUAAACUAAAUAAAAUAAAAACAAAACUUUCAGUCUAUCUACUGUAUGAUUUGUUACAAAACCAAAUGUCAAAAGACUUAUACUUCAUGAAAAUAAGUGGGGGGGGUGUCUUUUUUCUUUUGUUUGCCAAAGCAAUUUAAAGAUUUAAAACAGAACUUUAAAAAUAUCACACUUUGUUUUGUAAUAUUUAUUGGUUUUACUAUAAAGUAUGUGAUUACCUCCAGAUGUUUUUUUCUGUAGUCUGUUCAAAAAGACACCAGAAGAGAAAUUAUGUGGAAAGAAGUGAAUUAUAAUAACCAAAUAUUGUUAAAACUAAUUUAAAAUAUUGAUCCAACCAAAGAUUUUUAUUAAUAAAGGGCUUAUAUUUUGUUAAUGCUUGUUUCUCUAAUAUUUUGACUUGCAGGAAUGUCACUAUUUUUUUUAAUUAUAAUUUGAGAUGUUUAGUAAAAUAGGGCCAAAUCCUGUCUGAUUUAUUCUCACACAGAGUAAGCACUGUGUCUGGUAGUACCUGUAUGCAAAAUCAGGCUCACUGACUGCAGCAGAGUCACUAGUAUGAGUAUGACAAGCAGAGUUUUGUCCAUACUCCAUAUAGAAAAUAUAAUCUUUAUUUCAUUUACUAAUAACCUAAAAAGUCUAGAAAGAAACAAACAGGUAGACACCUUUUAUGAAGAUAAAUGUUAGGGAACUUACUCUGAAGGAAUUUCAACUGUAAAUAAUUUAUCUAAUAUUCUUGGCUUAAUACUGACAUUCCUGUAAAUAGUAAACUAUACCCAAGUACAUAUUUGUCAUAAAUUUUAUUAUUUGCUGAAAUCAUAAGAGUAACUGAUGGUUAUACUUUCUUUUGUACAGUAAAUUGUUUGUUUGAAAUGAGAUUUUGUAUAUAAAUACUGUAUUACUACUUAGAUGACUAUAUAAAAAUCCUUUCAUGGAAACCAUUUUUUAAG